GGACUAACGACUGCGCUAUAAAAGCUGUGGCAUUUGUUUAACUUUAACUCAUCAUUCUAAAAUGGCUCGAACUUUCGGUUUCGGUUUUGUGUUGUUGAUGGUGACGCUAGUUUUAGUGGGAACCGUGUUAGCUGCCCCGAAGAAAUCCGGCAGCAGAGGAAAACGGAGUCCACAAAUGCCGCCGAUUCCACAGAUUCCACCCGGCUUACCGAACCCUAGUGAUCUUCCAAUUCCUAGUCCAGCAAUGAGAAGGUUCGUAAGACAUGCCACCUCCCAUGUGGCCGCAGGAUCCAAUUCGAUGCAACAGCAACAGCAACAGCAUCCUCAUGACUUACCAAAUGGGCCUCCAACGCCGCCCACGCCGGGAAUGUCAAACCAGGGUUAGGUUUAAGAUUCCCGCAAGGUGCCUGCUAGCAAGUCAAGAAUGAUCAAUCAAUGGAGAGAAAACGUGUGUGGGCGUUAUUGAUAGACUUAUUUGAAUAGUGAUCUAGUAUCAGAAUAAAAUGCCAACAGUCAAUCCAAA